AUGUAUUACUGCUUGCGGCUGCGGCGUGGCCAAGUGAAGGACCAGGAUCAGCAGGUGAUGCCCAAGAGAAAAAGGGAACUGAUUGACAUGAAGAGUGCCCUGCCAGGCAUGUUCUCCUUCUCUAAGAGCAAGUUGAUUUUCCAGGAGGAGCCCCAGGUUGUUUCAGAUGGCAGGGAAGGGUGCAGUGUGUUUGGAACAGAAGCUGCCUGUGAAGCCCCUGUUAAAAAGCUUUUACUGAGAGCCAGGGUGGAAGAGAGUGGUCUGGUGAAUGGGGCAAAGGUAGAGUCCAAAGGCGGAGGCCAAGUCAAGGCAAAGAAAUCUUAUGGCUCUGUGAAGAGAGAUGGAGUUGAAGGGAAGAAGGGAAAGGAGAGGGUCAAGCGCUCUCCCGAUCACUUCUCUGUUACCCUGAACUUCCAACAGACCCUGGGAGCCUUGCAUGGCCAGGGAGUGCCAGAGUGGGGAGCAGAUCUCAAACCCAGGCACUUCACAUUGCUGCUGCAGCCCCUAGGGGGACAGGUUGUAUCACACAUCAGCACGGAUUUGCCUGGUGUGCAGUGUUUCGUGACACUGCUGACCUUCACUCUACAUCCAAUUCUGGGUGGAGGAAAUGAGCAGUCAACAGACGUUAUCAGUGCUUGGGAAGGAGACUCCGUCAGCAUAACUUGCCCAAUGAAUGGUUCACAAAAUCAAGUGGGGAUAUAUUUGAGAGCUAUCAGACAGCGUCGCAAUGUGAUAUAUUUUUCCAAGGAGCAAUCUCAAAAAUGUGAUCACGCCUUUGAUAAUCGCAGCAAGUGUUCAAAGGAAGGGGAGAAUCUCAGGAUAACCCUGCACAGGUUGAAGCAAUCUGAUUCUGAAAUCUACCUAUGCUCUGAGAUUGUUAAAAUCAAUGACUAUGCCAAAGAACUAUAUGGGAAGACAACCGUAGUAUUGGUCAAAGCUAAAUCCAGCAGGGCUCUGGAGCAGUCGCCUCUCUAUGCCAACCCUGAGCGAGGCCAGUCUGUCAGCAUCACCUGUGUGUUGAACAGCUCACCUGAAGUCCAGAAGUUCUACUUGUUCAGGGCUCAUGUGCAGCCUGGCACAGUUCUGUCUGUGUCAAAUCUGAGCGUGUCACAGGUUUCCCCUGCCUUUGGGAAUCGCUUGGAGUAUUCAAGGGAAGGAAAUAGAACUGUGAUAACUCUACACAACCUACAGGAAGAGGACAGUGAUAACUACAUCUGUGCUGAGGACGUGAUGGAUUCCCCUCUGAGCUCAGCGAGUGGCACCAUGGUGCUGGUUAAAGGAGGGGAGAAGGUGUGUGAGAAGAGCUCCUGGGGUUUUUAUGCCCUUGUCGUGGUGAUAGCUCUGCUGUUCUGUGCCCUGGUGUGCUGCACCUUGUACCAUGUGGAUGUGAAGAAAUAUUUCCGGAAGAAAAAGCCCAAUGUGGUUUAUGAAGACAUGUCCUACAGCUCCAGACGGAGCACGCUGGUCAGAAGCAACAACUCUUCCUGA